AGAAAACAUUUAAGUUGACAGUGUUGUCAAUUGAUUGCGUUCUAUUUUUUUGAUGCCGAAAUUAAAUUCGACUUGAAGAUAACGCCUGUUUAAGUUCAAGGCCAUUUAAAAUUAAAUUGUUUAGUUUUUUCAAUAUUUUUAUGAUAAAAGAAUUGAAUAAAAGUAUUUACCUUUUCCCUUUCUAAAAUAAAUGUAUCACGUGAUCGUAUAUUGAAUUUUAAUUGGUCGUCGUGAGCGUGCCCUGCGCGACGCGAGAGGCGCAAUAAUUUUCCAAAAUGCCGUCGGAAUCUAAACCUUUGUUAGCUGCUCAAACAGAAAAACCAAAUCAUUACAACUCUGAGUUUCCAAUUUCAUGUUCCAGAUAUCUAAAGGAGUUUCGGGUAGAGCAGUGUCCGUCUUUCUUACAACAUAAAUGUACACAACAUAGGCCUUUCACUUGUUUUCAUUGGCAUUUUAAUAAUCAAAGACGACGAAGGCCCGUAAGAAAAAGAGAUGGGACUUUUAACUAUAGCGCUGAUAACUACUGUACAAAAUACAACGAGACAUCGGGCAUCUGCGAGGAUGGGGACGAAUGUCCAUACCUUCAUCGCACUGCCGGAGACACAGAGAGACGUUACCACUUGCGGUACUAUAAGACAUGUAUGUGUGUGCAUGACACGGACGCUCGGGGUUUGUGCACGAAGAAUGGUGCGCACUGCGCGUUCGCUCAUGGCGCACCCGAUCUGCGCCCGCCCGUACUGGACAUGCGCGAGCUGCAAGCGCUCGACAACCCCGAUUCCACAGAUGCUGACGCAGCAGCGCCUAACGCCUUAGAUAGAGAAAGAAAUCUUCAAAAUGAGGAUCCCAAGUGGCAAGAUACAAAUUAUGUUCUUUCAUCUUAUAAAACUGAACCAUGUAAAAGACCACCUAGACUAUGCAGACAAGGAUAUGCUUGUCCACAAUACCAUAAUAGUAAAGAUAAACGCAGAUCACCAAGGAAGUAUAAAUAUCGUAGCACACCAUGUCCUAAUGUGAAGCACGGGGAAGAAUGGGGCGAGCCCAGCAACUGCGAGGCAGGCGACGCUUGCGGCUACUGUCACACGCGCACUGAGCAACAGUUCCACCCUGAGAUAUACAAGUCUACCAAGUGCAACGACGUGCAACAAGCCGGCUACUGUCCGCGCGGUCUCUUCUGUGCCUUCGCGCACGUCGAGCCCGAGGAGCUAGGGGCUCGCGAGCUAGCUGGAGCGUUGGACUGCGGCACCAGUUUGGCCGAGUUGCUGUCUUCAGCGCUGCCCCCCGACAAGAAGGCGGAGCGAGCCGCCUCUCCUGCGCCUGCGCUGCCUUUGGCGCUGGCACCUGUCAGCAACGGCAGCGGCGACGGCUCCGAGUGCGCGUCCACGUCAUCGGGCGGCUCGGCCGGCCGAGUGCUGCGCCACGAGGACCACAAGCCCGCUCCGCCGCCGGCUUGGCCCGCGCGCGCUCCUUUCGACGCCGGCGUAUUGCACGAUGUAGUCGGCAACGCACUCGACGACUUGCAUCUGGACGAACCGUUAAAUCUGGUGGCUGCACUCGACCGUGAUCUGGCGGACGGCGAAGGCCUACUGGCGAGUUCUGCGCCGGUCAACAUUCCGCAAGCGCGACCCACACUGCGCGGCUUCAGCCCACCGCCCGCAGGCUCACCGCUGCCGUCCUUCCUGAGGUAUUCCAAUGAAACCGAGCGGCUAUUCAAUUCCCACGCUAUGAAGGCCGGCAGUUUCGGCGGCGGCGGCGGCGCAUUCGAGUACGCGGCUGCGUCGCCGUCGGCCCCGGGCGAGCUGUCACGCCUGCGCGAGGAAGUGGUGGCUUCGCGCCAAGCCGUGGCGCGCUGGGACGAGCGCUUGGCGCAGGCUCGUUCGGCGUGCGAGGCGUGGCAGCGCGAGGCGGACGAGGCGGCGCGCGCCGCGGCGCUGGCGGAGCGCCAGCGGGACGACGCGCGCGCCGCCGCCCUGGCGCUGCGCCGCGAGUUGGAAGCGGCGCGCGCGGCGCUGGCCCCGCGGCGCGAGCUGCGCGGGCUGCCGCUGACGGCGCUGAAGGCGCUGCAGGCGCAGGCGCGCGCCGAGCUGGAGGACAUCGAGAAGGUGCUGUACCUGGAGACGGCCACGAAGUGCAUGGGCUGCGAGGAGCAGCCCCGCAGCGUGACGCUGGCGCCGUGCAACCACUACGUGCUGUGCGAGGCGUGCGCCGCCACGGCCGCGGAGUGUCCCUACUGCCAGACGCCGGUGCAGCACCACCAGUAGCGCCCAUACGUUUCAUCAGAUUUCUAUUUGCAAGUAGAUGUUCAUCAAGAUUAUGUUAUCUGUUCAGAAUAUAAUAAUCUUUCAGUCUAGGGUUACUAUACUAGGCUCCAUCUUGAAUACCGGUAAAUUGUGAUUGCCUGCAAAUCAUAAUGUAUAAUGUUAUCUAUACCGCACAUAUACAGGUAUCAAAUUAUGGCUAUAACCUGAUACUAGAAAUGCCAUGAAUAUUCGGAAGCUAGGUACUGAGUGCUAAAUCAAGGAAAUCAGAUGCAUACUAUUCUAAAAUAUUGUGUAAGUUCAAUUUUACUUACCUUAAUACUAAUAGUGAGAUGUGAUGAUUUUAUUUUUCGAUUUUUAAAAUCCACACACAAUCAUAUGACAACAGGCGUACAUUCACGUCUGUCUGAUAUUCUCUUUCGGCCCGGAGCAUAGACUAGCCGAAUAUUCGGUAUUUUACCAAAUCAUUACUUAAUUUUGUGGUACCUCUAUGAAAUACCUUCUCAUCAUUGACUUGUCUUGUUCACCAGCUCACCAAAGUUGCAGAUAAUUAUACAAACAGAUUGAAUAUUUUCAAGUGACAUUAUACUAGAGUUAUAACAUAAUGUUAUAGUAUAUGCUUUGAUGUUAACAAUUUUUUAUUAGCCUCUCGUGUUAGUGGACUGUUGCUUUUAUAUUCGUAAACAUACAAACAAAAUAUAGGUAUUUAUGAGGUUUUAUCUUGAAAAUUUAACUUUGUGGUUAUGCUUUCACCAAUUAUCUUAGAUGUUAAGAAAAUUUUGUAUCGAUUUGGAUAUUCUCAUUGUGACUCAAUUUAUAUAGUAAGUUAUAAUAUUGUAUAUUGAUAUUGAUGGAAGCACGGCCAUGAAUGUACUAGUGCUCGUAAGUGUCUGAGAAUACUAAAAUAAUGUAGUAUUUAGUUUUAUACAGAUAUCUACAAAUCAUUUUACAUAUUCAAAUUAGGUUAAUUAAUAAUGGUAUGGUGUACGUGGUUAUCAAGAGCGUAGCUUGUAUUGGCUUCCUCGGCGUGUGAUCACAUAGCAUGAUUUUCACUAUAAACUAGCUAUCUAAGGACCAAAAGUUUUCUAUAAAAAUAUUGAGAUUGUGAGUAGAUGAGCAGGCGCGCUAAGACAUAAACCACGUACGAAGGCAGUGAAGCGCGCCGUCUCUUCUCCUAACUGAAACUAUUGCUUUACAUAUUUGUCUAGCUCUCCUGGCUGUCUUAGCUGCCCCAUUUGUGAAGCCGAAAAAUAUAUUUUUGUAGACGACGUUAAUUGCUUUUUUCAUAUUAAUAUUAUGAAGAAGCACACUAUAUAAUAUAAAUCAUAAUCGAUUUCUAUUUGCAUUUUGUUUCAUAUUGUAUUGAGAAUGUUAUUUGUCAUAGUUUUAACUGGACGUUUGUUGUACUUGCCACCUCUAGUAGCGAUGAUGGGUGCGACCGACACUAACAAAUACCGUUGAUAUUGGCAAUCAUCAUUUGAUCUAACUCUAACAAAUAAAGAGAGAACAUGACAUUUAAAUUGAAGAGUUAAUAGCAGAAAUAUUAUUGCUUUCCUCAAGUUUCUAGGUAAAAAAUUGUAAGGAUAAUAAGUGUUUUUGUAAUGUUAUAUAUAAUUUCGCUUAUCUGUAUUGAACAGAGCGAAGACCUAUCUGACCGAGAGUACCUAAUAAGUAUAUGCGCAAAAUGCACUGAACUACGGUUCAAUAGGUACAGGAAUGCCCAGAGUACAACUGAGAGGCCUUUUGCUAAACGCUGCCAGACUGAGUUACGGCUGCCCGGCUCGAUCGACACUACUAGUCUGCCGGCAGAAUGUAUUUUUGUACUAAAUGAAAGCAAGUAUCACCCCUAGAGACCGCGUUUUAGAUUUAUAACACGUAGCGUUAUUUUAUGUUAACAUUCCCGAAUAAUCUAGAUAUUAUAAAUACAUAUUCGUUUGAAUUUAUCCAUGGCAUAAUUUUCGAUUUCAGAAAUGAUAAAUUUUAUGGGUUGGUUAUGUGUCUUUUAAAUCAUAAAGUUUUAUCAUGAAUCAAUGGGUUAGUUAUGUGCCACUUAACAGCACAUCUAACGCAUUUAAUUUUAUAUAUUCAUUAUCUAAUAAAUAAUAUUAUAUAAAUACUAUAUAAAUUGUUUGCAGAGUUCGAGAGAAACGGACUGGGGUAAAUAAAUUAUAUUAUUGACAUUGUUUAACAAUCUUUUCUCAGGCAUGGUAUAAUAAAUUCUCAUUUAUAGUUGAAUAGUUAGUUAUAUAGAAUACUUAGAUGGAAUUUAUUAUGUUUAUAAUAAAUUUGUUUUCUUUUGUACUGAACUAAAAAUUAUGUACAAGCAUAUAUUUUAUUCAAAUAUGUUAUAUUGGAAAAUAUGUUACUUCAAGAAUAUUAUUUUACUUGUUAUAUAUUUAAACAAUAUGUUCCAUACGGCAAUGGUACUGCAUUAGUAGGUGAUUGAUUCAAAUUGGUGUUUGGCAAAUGGAAUGGGCCUUUCAGGCACUGAACCUGAGAUUGAACUGGUUGCUGAUUAGAUAGACAUAAAGAGUUAAUUUCAAUAUUGUCAGUAUCACAUUUUAAUUGGCAUUUUGUGCCUCAAAUAUACCAUAAUGUAAAUUGAAUACUAAUUACAUGUUUUAUACAAAGACUAAUUUUAUAUAUUUUGCUACGUCAUUUAAAAAUAUCUACAAAUAAAACCGUUAACAUUUUUAGACAAUUAUCCCACGACAAAUCUAUGGAAAAGACAAUCCAAGAUGUUUUACAAAAAAGAAAAGUGCACAAAAAUAUAAGCAAUAAGUUGUAAAAUCGUGUUGGCACCAUCGUGAGGUGCUCGAGUAUAAUAAUACAAUCUAUAAUCUCCAGUCCGAGCUCUAAAUAUUUAUAACACUAAUGUUUUUUGUAUGGGUAUAAUUAUUGUAAUAGUAAUAUAACAAAUUAAACUUAGAUUAUAUAACUUAGAAUUAAGUAGUGUUUUCAAAUUGUAAUGGACAUUGAUUUAAGUGUGUAGAAGCGUUUUGUAUCGUAAACCAGAAGCAAUAUGACCACAGCCGCCUUUAUAAUAUUCAGAUAUAUACGAUGUUGAAUGGCGCCGAGCACAGCGGGUGCGUUUCUCGGUGGUAUUACAAGUGAGCCCUACUUUACACAGUAGCAUUAAACGCAGUCGCUGUGUUUCGGUUGUCUUUUUAUAAGUAUGUCGACACGGUACAUUUUGUAUACUGGAAUAAUGAAAUAAGAUGUUUGGAAUGUAUAAAGUGUGCAAGGGACCCUAGCCGACAAUCUUUGUAUGCAAUCGUUUUGUUCAGUUGGAUCUGAAAACAUUUUGUAAUAUUCUUCAUUGUAGUUGUUAUCGCAGCGUGUUUCUUGUGGUUUUGGCGAUAGAUAGAUGAUUGAUACUCUAUGUAUAUCCUGUAUGCGUUGUUAUCACAUGGAGUGGUUUUAUUUUUUUAUAUAUGUAUUACAACAAGUAAUCAUGUUAAUAACUAUUGAUCAGGACUUUUGCAAGCACAUAAAAAUGUUAUUUGGCUUUACCAUCGGCCGUUAGUGAUGCUAAUCAAUAAUAUGAACAUUAUCAGUCCAACAUAGUUGAAAGUUAUCUUUAGCUUUGUCAACUCUGAUAAUUUGCACUUGUCUGACUGCGACCCCGAGGGCGCAUCCAUAAUUAAAUGAAGCGCUUGAUGGGUUUAACCAAGUCUCAUGCAAUCUUACGCUAUCAUAUGGUUAGGCUACUUGAUAAAAAAAGAAAACACUAUUACUCGUCAAGCUACGAAUUGCGUUUCUGUUUGCAAGCGGUAUUAGGAUUGUCGAUGGACUGGCUAAAUUGAAGUGAUCUCGAUAGGGUACGGAGGGUUAUCUACUCCCACCAAAGUAAAGACGAGCAUUGGAAUUCCAAUUUAAAAACACUGAAACCUAUCCUCGAUACUCCUAUUGUCUUGUUCUUCAUGUCAUGCCAGUCAUGAUAUUAAAUAUUACCUGUAUUACUCAGGGCCAUGCCUGUUUGUUGAACAACGAACACUAAAAUUUUUAAGUAGGUAUGAAUGAUGAUUUAUGACCCAAGAAACUUUUCCCCUUUCCUCAUUUAUCAGCAAAUGCAGUCAUCAGCUUCCAGGUUCUGGUCCAGUUUUGAAGUAGUUAUUGAUUCGAGCACCCUAAUGUCCAUUUGUCCACGUCCAUUCGAGACACCUUACAUCGCGGUUACAAACCUGCAUUUUAGUAAACGCAUAAAAGCCAUUAUCAACCUUUUCCCAAGUAAGCCACUGAAUAGCUGUGGCACACUCCUUGUGACGCAACGUUCCCUAAAAAUGUUGUCAAUAGUUUUUGUGUAUUGAGAGGAAGAUGUGUGCAGUUGUUGCUUCAGUUAAUCUUCUACCAAACUAAACAUGGCAUGUGUGUUAGAUCCAAUUUUAUGGCCUCCAUUAAUUUACCUUUGUACCGAUCCUUGGAUUUAUACACACCAACCAUUGCUUUUGGAAUUAGUUAUUGAUAGAAUGUAAGGGUUUUUAAAAUGUCGUGAUCAAUUGUGUCUGAAACGUAAAAAGUAGUAGCGUGAAACAAAAUGUUCUGUGUGGCCAUAGAAUGUUAAUAUAGUCUAGCUUGCUAAUAAUUUGAGAUUUAGAUGUGUAUUAGAGACGAUAUUUAUUUUUAUAUAGAAUCUUUAUCACAUGGAGAGUAAUUUUGUUGAUGAAAUUUUGUAUUUCCUAUAUUUUAUGGUGUCAAUCCUAUGUACCUUGGAUGUUUAGUUGACAUAACUUGAAAGAUAUUUAGAAAGUUGUAAGAUGAGUGUCGUUUGUAUUGUCACAAGAAGCUUGCACCUGUCGGAUGGGCAGGACAGGCGCACAAGCCCACGAUACCGACAUGAUGACGCUGACCGAUGGCCGAGGUGUGGUUAUUGUUUAUUCAUUGUUUUUAGCAAUUAAUUUAAUCAAUACUACAGUUUGCAUUUUGUUUUUAAUUUAAGGACCAAUGCAGUGUAAAGAAAAGCUUUGAAGGUUUUAUACAUGCAUAAUAAAUAUCAGCAUCCAACUCUUUACUUAUAUAUUUAUUAUUAUACAUAUUUUUAAUUUUAUUUAAUUUUUAGGUAGGUAGGCCCAACAAAUUCUUUCAAAUUUUUAUUGUUAAAUUAGAAAUAGUAUGUUGUAGUAGAUAACCAAUUGAGACAUGCGUUCACACUCACAUACUGGAGAUCAAAUUGUUUAUUUUUUAUUUAUUAAAAAUAUGCAUUAUAGCUUCUAAUAUCAUCAUAGUAGAUAUUUUAACAAAAUAAUUUUCAAAUCCAUGUGAUACAAAUUAAUGUGUAACAGAGAUGUGAAGAUUAUGAAUAUUACUAGAUAGGUAGGUUUAAUAAAUUUAAAAUUCCAUUCAAUAA